AUGAUUCUCCUCGUCGAUGCUAUUUAUCAAAAAAAUACCAUUCAGCUUAUUGCGCUGGUCGCUUUCGAAUUCGGUAUGAGCGCUUAUUCCAUCAUUCAAUACCAUCAAUCUUCGACCUUGUUCGCCAAUACCGAUGAUCGAAGCGUGCAACUCGCCGUGAAAUUUUUGGGCGACGCUUAUCAUGCGUCUCGUUGGGCAGAAGUCACUCAGAUCUGUAUCAUGUUCAUCAGUACCAUGGUAUUUGUAUUCUUGGCUUACAAAUUAUACCUCGAAUUCGGCUGGCACAUUUACAAGAAGAUCGGCGCCGAUCUAGCCAUGCGAGACCGUUACAAGAUGUACCAAAUUUUCAUGAUGCUGUUAAAAUUUGAUUUCUUUUUCUUUCUUGGAUUCUCUAUUCAGUAUCUGGCGCUUCUUAUCGUGGCAUGGUGGCCUGAAGCAACGACAACGGAAGCCAAAGCCAUGCUUGUUCGAGAACUGAUCGAGCAUAUUGUACUGAGCUGUCUCGUCUCGGUCGUCAUGCUUAUCGUGGCUUACUGGGGGUUACGGCGAGAGCGAAAAUUGCAUAUGUAUCUUUUUAUCGUGCUUUCAGCGGCAAGUAUGGCUUAUUUCAUCUACACCUUGGUGCAGAUAUCGCAAGACCCUGAACGGUUCGUCGGAUCCAAAGCAUUUCUCACCUUUUUCUUGUGUGUGGAUAUGGUUCUGAUCUUGGUAUCGGUGCCUGUCGCGGUAAUCUGUUUAAGGAACUUUAAUUUGGGCUUGAUCAAUCAUAUUUCUCAUGCUACCAUUUGUCUCGCUACAUCUCAUUCUAUGAGCCCCAUCGGUCAAGAAAAAUUAAGCACAGACCGUUGGUCCAUUGAAUAA